AUGGCAUAUCCAGACUCCGCAAUACCCAUGAGCAUGCACAAUCCGGUCGGGUUCAAGAGCGAACUGGGCGGCUACCUCGAAUCACUACCACGGCCCGGACAACAAGAACCGACACGACAAGCCACCCUUGCUGUAGUGGUGAGGGUUGACUGUGACCCUGCCCCUUUUCAGGCAGCCUUGACGGUCGAUAGUCUGCUGGAAGCUGCAGAUUCCAACCACGAAUCCAGACGCGCCGGGGGCGCAGAGCCAUUGCCAGAGCAAGCAUCGCAAUGGCGCAUUCUUCGAACGGUGCACCUAGUCCCCGCUGGAGAGGUGAAUUAUGACUGGGCGCUGGCUGAGAAAGAUUGGGCGCUUGCUCAGCUCAAACCUCAAGGAAAUUCCUCCCGUCUCACCAAUACUAUCACCAUUCCCUAUGCUCUAGUCAACGACUCCGAAAGGAUUCAGAUGGCGCAUUCGAUCCUCGCGCAGACUAUAGCCCCGAGUACCCAUUUCCAAGACGGCCGACGUGUUUACGUCAUCUCUGGAGUUCAGGGCGUUUUGAUCGGCCGACUCCACAACGCCAGACGGCAGAAUGAAAGAGACAUGCUCAGGUGGAAGGUCGUGCUGGAGGGCGAAUACGAGUUUCAUAGCCUUGAUCAGGGAUCUGUCGUAGUAGACGGAGAGGCUUACCCAGACAAAGGCCCCAUGACCCGCGAUGUCUUCGGUCACAUCAUCAGGCCUGACUGCUCUAUUGGCACAGUCUCCCCGAUCAAGCAAGUUUUGAGGCAGAUCCAGGACGCCUACAAUGCUAGGAGUGUAAAGCUGGUAGCCUUUGAGCGGCCAGUUCCUGGGGGCUGGGACACGACCAGGAACCAUCAUCGAUAG